AUGACAUUACUACCUCACACAACACCAAAUUUAACGCAUCAAUCACAAAAUGGCAAUCGCAGAGCAUCAUCACCAUCAUCAUCAUCACCAUUGUCUUCGUCACAUAUAAAACCUAAUGACAGUCUGAUACUACAUAGGGAUCACAGAGCAACGCCUGAAAAGAACAAAGCUUGGUACAAGAGAAAGGUUUUAUCAUCGGACAUUGAUGAAACGGAUGAUACGGAGUAUUCGCAAUCACCAGAGGACAAAGACAGUGGAUCUGAUUCAAUUGAAAAGACACCGUCUCCAAGGAAACCAAUGCAAUUACGAAAUGAAAACUUUUUUGAUUUUGUAUCUACUCCAAUUAAUGCCAACUCAACUGUGUCUUUCCUCUCUCCAAUGAGGAUGUUGAAUGAUUUACAUUUGAGAUCACGAGUAAUUGAUGAUAAUGUUGGAAAAGGUGAUGUAUUCAUCGAUACUACCAAUGAUAUUGUCGAAACCAUACACGAAGAUGAAGAUGAUGAAGUACACGAUGAAAAUUCCAUUGGUAACAAGACUAUAAUCAACAAUUCAGAUGAAUCAGAUGAUGAAUUUCCCAUUUCACCACCAAAAUUUAUUAAUAGAAAAAAGAGGAUGCAUCUGGAUGCCAUUGGAUCAAGAAUGGUGACUCCUAUAAUGCAACAGGACUCCCACAUGUCUAUAUGUACCACGACAAACACAUCUAAUAGCUCCUCAUCCUUCAAGUUGAGCUUUUCCACAACUGAUUCUACUCCGUGUCCACCACAACCAAAGCGAAAGAAACUUCGGUUUAAACAUGCAUCCACUGCAAGUAUACUAGAUUUAAACUAUGCUCGCAAGACUUCGUUGCAGGAACUACCGCAAAGACCUGAACGACCGCUACGAUUAUUCGAAACAAAUGACCAUAAUGAUAAUGAUGACAACAAUAAGAACCAGUCACCCUCCUUUGAAAGAAACAAUGACAUAGAAUCAACACCAAUAUCUCAAUCUACACCAACAUCACUGAGAGCAUCAACGCCGCCACCCCCAAUACCUCCUCCUCCUCCUCCAACAGCACCACCUUCACAAGAAUAUGGUCCCAGUGUCAAUGGCUACAAAUUCGUACGUCCCAGAUCGAGCUUUACCCAAUUCAAGUAUGAAACGCCCAUCAACGGAAACCGAUAUUCUCAAAUGCGAGAGUCAUACAAUCGACAAGAUUACAGCGUAGUUGGAGAAUUACCAGUGACAUCUGCUGGUAUGAUGGAUGAAAAUGGGGUGCAUGUGGGAGAUAAACGAAUUAAUGACCCAUAUCUUACCCCGCAACAUGCUGAAACAACGUCGAUAAAUGACAAAUUAAGGAUUGAAUACCAUAACAAACUAAGGCUACCAUUGCUACCACCUCAUUUUGACCAAGAGAAUCUUUCAACUGAUGAGAUUUUGCACCUUAUAACUCAAGAUUCUUUGAAAAAAUUUUACAGUUUGAUUGUUGAAGAUUCAAUGUUGGAUUUAUUGAGACAAGAACGUAUCAAAUGGCAUCCGGAUAAAUGGGUUGGUAAAUUAAAACAGUCACCGUGUGGAAACAUAACUAUACCAGUCAUUGACCAAUUGAGUCAAACGAUUAAUGCAUUGAUUGACAAUUACGAAUAG